AGCUAGUUACUGGGCAGUAAAAAACAGUCAAUUGGCCGGAAACAGAGGUACCUGAGAUAUAAUUACAUACGCUCCAUAAUAUGGUACGCCUAUUUUAUGAAUCCGUUCCUGUGUAGGAAGUUCAGAAACCUAGUCACUGAAGGGCUUUUCAGGGCGUGGAGAUUAGGGCUGGGAAAGGCGUUAGAGGCCCUUUUCUUUUCUAACUGGCGAAGCUUUCCCCAUCAUUUAAUCUCUACUGUCUGCCUACGUGUAGAAAAACUGCGCCCGCGAAAUCCCGGCGGGUCAGACUGCCUUGAAAGGCAGAGGGAUGAGGACGCGGCAGCAGGGGGUUCUGCGGCUACAAGGCUCUUCUCCUCCAGGGCCGCUGCAGCGCCUCGUAAGUGGCUUCUGACUGCGACCGGCUGAAGCUCCCCGCUCACCCUUUGCCCUCCGCGGCGGCAGCUUCGGAGGACUGAGGCCGCUUGCGAGAAGAAGCGCUUUCCAUCUCCGCCCUCUUCUCUUGGGCCCCUGGCAGUUUCCGGCUCGUGAGGAGGCGUCGCUGUCGGGCAGCAGUCGCAGUCGGUUCUUCGAGCGCCGAGGCCAGCGAGCGGAGAUGGCGGCGCCUGGCGGGAACUCGGCCCUCACAGUGACUGUCACCUACGGUAAUGAAAAGCACAGUCUUCAGGUUGCUUCUGAAGAAGAAGAUAGUGAGCCAACAGUACGUGAUAUGGCUGUCUUAAUUGAACAAGUAACUGGGGUUCCAAUUUCUUUUCAGAAACUGAUAUAUAAAGGAAAGUCCCUGAAAGAAAUGGAACAGCCAUUGGCAACAUUUGGAGUGAAAAAUGGUUGUAAAGUAAUGCUGAUUGGGAAAAGGAACAGUCCAGAGGAAGAGGCCGAAUUAAAGAAAUUAAAAGAUUUGGAGAAAUCUGUGGAGCAAAUAGCAAAAAAAAUAGAAGAAGUUAAUAAAGAACUUGGAGGUAUUCAGAAAGGUUUUCUAGCAAAGAAUCUUCAAACUGAAGCUCUUAACCAGUUAGACAAACGGAUAAAGGGAACUGCUGAGCAAUUUAUGAAGAUUCUGGAACAGAUUGAUGCCAUUAAUCUGCCAGAAAACUUCAGUGACUGUAAACAGAAAAAGAAGGGGCUUGUGAAAAAGGUUCAGGCUUUCCUUGCACAGUGUGAUACAGUAGAAGGAAGCAUUGGUCAAGAAAUUGAUAAACUACAGUUGAAGAACAUGGCCCUGGCAGAAUGAGGCAUUAUUUUACGUAACUAGGAGAAGUAAUUGCUCUGUGAGCAAGAAGAAGAGUUUGCUCUUCAUUUUGGAGCACCUGUUUAGUGUUUAAAUUUUUAUUUUAAGCAGAGUCCAGUAAUCCUGUUGCAUGUUGACCAUUGCUUACUGGUUGUCUUGUGUUCUGCUUAGAUGUAGAGCUCUUAUUUCCAGAAAUAAUACAAAACAUCUGCCAUUUUUCUUGAAUAUAUUCUAAAACAUACUUUGUGUGAUCAUACGUGUUUCAAUUAACUACAUGUUGUUUUACUUUAUAAAUCAGUCACAGUGACUACUGUAAUUGAUCAUAAGUAUUUGUAUGUGUUCUCAGAUGUAGGAAAGAUUUAGCCAGCUGAGAUUUUUUCUCUUACUUUCAGGAUGCCUAAAAUGGAAUGUACUGUAAGAUGCAUUUUACUUUUAACCUAGUAGCUGAACAUCAAUGAGGUCCUUGAUGGUCAUUUUUACAUAAUUACGAUACAUUGUGUAUAAAUUUUGUGUUCUGUUUUGGAA